AUGACUAGAAUCACUCCUCGCACCUGUCUAUGGCCCCUGGCAGGGAGUCUCUCUCUCACAUUCGCCCUCUCGAUCGGAUUGACCUUCCGUUCAAAUCAUCAUUGCUUCGCAGGUACUUGUGGAGAGUGGUUAUUUCCACUCCAGGCUCGAUUACAUGUCGUUAUUUGGUACUGCUUUCUUGGGAUAUCGGUCACAAUCCUCGCAUUGCGGGCCUUCCAGCCACGACUCCGGAAAAGGCUCCAGAAACCACUUUUCGAGGGCAAGAUUCCCAUCAUAGGGAAACAAAUUGGUUUGGGAGGACUGCUCAUCCUCUUGUGGAUCAUAUCGCUUUACGGCAUCAUCGUUGGAGUAUGGUGGAUUCGACUAGAAGCGUACUUUACACAACGUGGCCUUGAGGGUGGAGUGCUGAAUGGCAACAAGAGACUGGCAGCUAUUGCGUUGACAGGCCACUUAUGCGAUGUCACUAUGGGCAUGGCGAUAUUGCCUAUUUCUCGACAUAGCGCUCUGGCUUCGUUCUUCAAGCUUUCUGUGGCGACAACUCUCACCUUCCACAUGAUCACAGCAUAUACGUUAUUUGCUCUGGUUGUCACACACGGGUUUCUGUACGUUUCCUGGCUUCCUGUCUUCGAAGCUUUGCCUGCUACUCUACGGAUGGUAUACCCUGUCUUGAAUCCUACUUACUUUUAUCGAGAAUGCUGGCCAGGAAAUCAAUCCAGUCUCGGAGUUUGGCGAGCUUCGUUGAUAUUUACUGGCAUCACGACUUCGUUCAUUAUGCUUCUGAUAUUCAUCACAACUCUUCCAGUGAUCAGAUUGCGCCACUUCAAUGUGUUUUACUUCACGCAUCUUCUCGGCAUAGUCGCUAUCAUUACUAUAUGUCUUCAUGCUAGCACCAUGUUUUAUUGUACGGCGCCAGGGUUGACCAUGUGGGCUCUUGACUGGGCAAUGCGCCUCUACGAACUCUGGGCGCCGUUGGAUGGACGAAUUAAGGACAUGGGAAAAGGGUGGUAUUGGUAUGAACUUUCUUUCAGUAACACAAUACUCCACGUCUGACAAGUGCAUAGUGUCUCCGUACCUCUUCCUCGCCAUCGGCUACACGGCUGUGCUUGCACUUCUCCAUUAGCUCACUUCUAUAUACAUCACUCCGGAUCGUCAGUCCGUGAACUGCAUCCAUUCACAACCACAACUCACCUCGCUACACAAAAUACAAUCACAAAUUCCG